AUGUCUGAUAUAUCAAAUAAAAUAGAACAGAAAAAUCAUGAAAAUGGUCAAGUCAAAAAAAUGGGAAGAUCAGUGGAUGAACGGCAUUUGGCUUUACGAAAAUCACAUUCUUCCAAAAGUCUAUUUCAACAAAUCGCAUGGAGAAGUUUAGAUAAUUCUAGACGACAAAAAAACAUGCCAACUGGAGAUUAUGCAGAACCACUUUGGGCAAUUGUUUUAGCUAAGAAAAUGGAAAUAAAUCAUAUACCAACCACUUACUAUGAGAAAACAAGAUUGAAAAUUAAUGGUCUGACAACUGAAACAUUCGAAAUGUAA